AUGUUGGAUCUGUUAUUGAAUCGAAUCAUCCGUAUCUUAAUGCACGAGAAUCUGGGGUUUGGUUGCACGGCUGUUCUGGAGUGCAUAUUGAGUAUUAUCAGGGCCCUAAGGAUGGGGUCCUGCUUAUCCGGAGAAAGCAGGAGCCCUCACCCAAGCUCUCCAUCACCGACUUUCAGUAUCAGAAAGAGGAAAAACGCUAAGAAAAAAACCUCCCGGAGCUCUUCUUUCAAUUCCCAGAGGGAGGAGCACCUCCACCGGAUUCCCGGAAGAAUGUUCUUAAACGGAUCUAGUCAGGCCGCAUCACUCUUCACCCAACAAGGCAAAAAGGGUACCAAUCAGGACGCCAUGAUUGUUUGGGAGAAUUUUGGAUCAAGAACAGACACGGUGUUCUGUGGUGUUUUUGAUGGGCAUGGGCCGUUUGGUCAUAUGGUUGCAAAAAGAGUGAGGGACUCUCUUCCUUUAAAGCUGAGUGCACAUUGGGAACUGAAUAUAAAGGGAAGUAAUGAUGUCCUACGAGAAGUCAACCUUAAUCAUGAAGUAGAAACCCCAUUAACUGGUGAUGAUGAUUCCAGGCUUCUCAUGGAUCUUGAAAUCAAUAAGAAUCCUGAGAAAUUACAGGCCUUGAAGGACACGUUUUUGAAGGCGUUUAAAGUCAUGGAUAGGGAACUCAGAAUGUAUGCAAAUAUCGAUUGCUUCUGUAGUGGGACAACUGCAGUGACUUUGAUUAAACAGGGUCAUGAUCUUGUAAUUGGAAAUGUUGGAGACUCAAGAGCGAUAUUGUGUACAAGAGAUAAUAAAAGUAAUUCUCUUGUUGCUGUUCAGUUGACUGUGGAUUUGAAACCAAAUCUUCCAGCUGAAGCAGAACGAAUCCGUAGAUGCAAAGGUCGUGUUUUCGCUCUUCAAGAUGAACCAGAAGUGACUAGGGUUUGGCUACCCAAUAACGAUUCACCAGGUCUAGCCAUGGCGCGUGCAUUCGGCGACUUUUGCCUCAAGGAUUUCGGCCUCAUCUCCGUUCCCGAUAUCUUCUACCGCCGUUUAACACAAAACGAUCAAUUCGUCGUCUUAGCAUCAGACGGGAUCUGGGAUGUGCUAACGAAUAAAGAUGUUGUGGACAUCGUAGCUUCUGCUGAAUCACGUUCAUGUGCGGCUAGGGCGGUGGUUGAGGCGGCGGUGAGGGCAUGGAAGUACAGGUAUCCGACUUCUAAAGUGGAUGAUUGUGCAGUCGUUUGCCUUUUUCUUUCCCCGCAUUCGAACAAUAAUAUCUCGACGGCUUCCGCCGCUGAUCUGGUGGAUAAAAAGGAGCCGAUCUCUUUGCAAUCGAAACCGAGUGAAGCAUUGGCGCCAGCGGCGGCGGAAGAAGGAGCCGAUGCAGAUGAGGAGUUGGCGGAUGCUGAGCUGGCGGGAACGCUAGACGACGACCAGUCGACGAUGGAGACGGAAGGUGGAAUUGACUGGUCUGCCCUUGAAGGCGUGGCACGUGUCAACACAUUGUUAACUUUGCCGCGGUUCGUGCCGGAGGAGGACGGAAAACAGCCACCGGGAAACAAAAAGACCAAUUGAAGACGACGGAGACUGACGGAUUCUUGGAAAUUUAUUUUCGGAUGCGUUUUGAUUUUUUGUUCAUUUUUGUGGUUUGUUUGAUUAAAAUAAUUGAAAAUUGAAAAGGGAAAAAAAAAGAUUAAAGAACAAAAAGCCUCGACUAUAUUAGAGCGUUGGGGCAGAAUCGUAAUUUUGUAAAACCAGCUCUUCUUGGGUAUAUUUUGUUUUCUGUUUUUUAUUUAUUAUUUUUUGUUAUAUUCAAACUGUGUCAUUUGUUAAUCAAAAUAAUAUUGUUACAUCAGAGAUUUUGUGCUUUUCUGAG